GCUAAAUACAAAAUGGGGAACUGCCUUUCUAAUUCGCCUCUGAUUUGGCACACUCUAUUUCUCUUCCUUGCUUCCAUUGAAGUCCUAUUUCCAGCCGCUGCAGCUGCUCUAUCCUUCUAAUUUGACAUUGUCAUUUACCCUCCCCAGCCGAAAAGAUGCCUCUCCACCAGUACCAUUUCAACGCCUCCAUCUCUUCUUCUUCAUCGACUUUCCUUGCCCCUCCCUCUGCCUUCGCCUCCUCCUCCAGGACCCAGAACUUCUCGCUGCCGCUUCGAAACUCUGAGAUUUGCAGGUGUGUUGCGACUCCCCAGGAAGCGAAGACUCCUACUGGUGCUUCUCUUCUCCCUGUUUCCCCCUCCUUUUUUUCUUCUUCUGCAAUCAUGUAUCUGAGAAUUGCUUACAAAACCAGUGUCUCUCGCAAUGCCAACAUCGGGAAGCUUCAAGCUGGUUACUUGUUUCCCGAGGUUGCUAGAAGAAGGAAUGCCCAUAAGGAGAAAUACCCUGAUGCUCAAGUGAUCAGCCUUGGAAUAGGAGACACCACCGAGCCCAUUCCAGAUGUGAUAACAUCUUCCAUGUCGAAACACAUUUUCCAGAAAUGUCAAGCAUUGUCUACUCUUGAAGGUUACAGCGGCUAUGGGGCUGAGCAAGGUGAAAAGUCAUUGAGAGCUGCGAUUAGGUCAACAUUCUAUGCUGAUCUUGGCAUUAAUGAUGAUGAUAUAUUCGUCUCUGAUGGUGCCAAAUGUGACAUAUCACGCCUUCAGGUUGUUUUUGGCUCUGAUGUCACAAUGGCAGUCCAAGAUCCAUCAUAUCCGGCUUACGUCGACUCUAGUGUCAUAAUGGGUCAGACUGGGCAGUUCCAAAAGGAUGUCGAGAAGUAUGCCAACAUCGAGUACAUGAAUUGUACUCCGGUGAAUGGUUUCUUUCCUGAUUUAUCUAAGUCUGCGCGAACAGACAUCAUAUUUUUCUGUUCCCCUAACAACCCCACUGGAGCUGCUGCAACAAGGGAGCAACUGACCCGUUUAGUACAGUUUGCCAAGGAUAAUGGGUCAAUUAUUGUCUAUGAUUCAGCAUAUGCAAUGUAUAUGUCUGAUGACAAUCCUAGGUCCAUAUUUGAAAUUCCUGGGGCUAGAGAGGUAGCGAUUGAGACAUCAUCUUUCAGCAAGUAUGCUGGGUUCACUGGAGUGCGGCUAGGCUGGACUGUUGUUCCAAAGGAGCUUCUUUUCUCUGAUGGGUUCCCUGUUGCCAGGGACUUCAACCGAGUUGUUUGCACUUGCUUCAAUGGUGCUUCCAACAUUGCUCAGGCUGGUGGCCUGGCUUGCCUAUCACCAGAAGGCCUCAAGGCAAUGCGCGAAGUAAUUGGAUUCUACAAAGAGAACACAGAGAUUAUAGUGGAUACCUUUAACUCACUUGGGUUUAAGGUCUAUGGUGGGAGGAAUGCUCCAUACGUGUGGGUACACUUCCCUGGCCGGAGCUCAUGGGAAGUGUUUGCCGAGAUUCUGGAGAAGACCCAUGUAGUAACUACACCUGGUAGCGGUUUUGGCCCUGGCGGUGAAGGCUUUGUCAGGGUGAGUGCCUUCGGUCACAGAGCGAAUGUCUUGGAAGCUUGCAAGAGGUUUAGGCAGCUUUACAAGUGAAAUUACAGAAUAUCUUGCUGGGGUUAUACAUGCCCCCCUCAUGGUUGAGAUGAUAAAAACACCUGCUUCAGUUUUUUAUUUUCUUUUUCCGGUGUACUGUAAUUUGGAAUGGAGAAUAAUUGAAGAGAUCAAUGUAGAAGUUGGAAGAUAAUUUGUCAGACUUCAAAAGCUAUUUUCUGUCGUCUCUAGUCUCCGUUGUAGGAUGAUACAUUUGGGUCUCCUAUUUUCUGUUUAGACGGAACUUGUGUUCUUCAAGGCAAGGAUACGAUUUUCUGAUAAGGGAUCGUUUAUUUCAUUGAUUUAGAUGAUGGAUUUGGGUACCAAUUAAUUAUGAACUUUGUACAAAUUCAUUGUUUGCUUGAAGUUUGUUCGAGAAUUAAA